AUGGUAGAAGAGAGGACACUCAAGUUUAUGUUUAUGGACACAUCAACUCUUGAUGCCAAGGCAAAGGCAUAUGUUGAACUUUGUCGCGAUGAAAUGCUCAUGAAGAAGCAAAUGCUCAUGAGGCAAAUGAUGAUGGGAGGAGGCAUGGGAGAUGCCAUGGGUGGUGCCAUGGGUGGUGCCACGGGAGGUGCCAUGGGUGGUUACAUGAACAUGAUUGGAGGUGCCAUGAGUGGUGCAUUUGGCGGAAACAUGGGAGGUGGCUUCGGUGGCAACAUGGAAGGUGGCUUUGGCGGCAAGGGAGGUGGCUUUGGCGGCAUGGGAGAUGCUUUUGGCGGCAACAUGAUCGGUGGCUUGGGAGGUGGCUAUGGCGACAACAUGAGUGGCGUUGGAGGUGGAUAUGGCGGCAACAUGGGACGCAAUGAAGAUGGUUCCGGUGGUGCUCACGGCAACGAGAGUUCACCGCUUGUUGAGAACGUCGACAAAGACGGUGGUAGAGAUGAUGAUCGUACCACGGUUCACAACACCGGUGGUGUUGAUGACCCGAAUGAGUGA